AUGCUCACAGUUAACGCCACGGGAACGCCAUACGAGCUCGGGAGACAGCAUGGCGAGGCAGCCCGCGAGAAAGUAUAUGGCACCAAGGCGUUCUACGAGGGCUUCUUCAUGAAGAUGGCCAAGCUCGACUGGAACCGGGUCGAGGCCGAGGCAGACAAGUGGAAGCCAUUCCUCAACGCAAAGUACCCCCAAUACGUUGAGGAGAUGCAGGGUCUGGCGGACGCGACCGACCUCUCCUUGGCUACAAUCCUCGCACUGAACAUCCGAACCGAGGUCGCGUUCGGGAUGUACAGCGAUGGAUGCACCUCUCUCUCGGUGCAUGCGCCUGGGACGGCGAUUCUUGCCCAGAACUGGGACUGGAAGGUCGGGCAGCGCGAGAACCUCAUCACCCUCAAUUUAAAUGGCGGGAUCAGCUUCAUCACCGAGGCAGGCAUCAUCGGCAAGAUUGGCCUAUGUGCCGCUGGCGUCGGGGUUUGCCUCAACGCCAUCUCUGCUCUUGGAGUGGCAUACGACCGCCUCCCAGUCCAUUUGGCAUUGCGCGCCGCCCUCGAUUGGGCAAUGGAGAUGAAGGAGGAUCGCAAAGCCCGCGCCAUCGUAGACAGGCUCAAGGCGGAGGGCGUGGCCAGUGCCGCACACAUCUUCGUCGCGGACAAGUAUGAGGGAAUUGGCCUCGAAGUGAGUUGCAAGGACUCUGCCGAGGUCCGCCGGACCCCUGUUCCGGCUGGAACAGCCGUGUUGCACUCGAACCACUACGUCGAGGAACACCCUGAUGUAGCGCUCGGCGCAGCGUUCCUCCGCGACUCGCCUAACCGCCUCGCUCGGAUUGAGCAGCUCGUGCGCGCCGACGAGGGACCCGUCACUUCGGGGGCAGUUGCUGCUUGGCUCUGUGAUGAGGACAACUUCCCCGGCUCGAUUUGCCGGGACAAGAGCAGUGCCGGCGACUCGGAGACGCUGUUCAGCAUCAUUAUGGACCUCGACAAGGCGACGGCGAGGGUCAAGGUCGGCAAGACGAAUGGCGAUGGCGAAGUGUUUACGCUCGCGCCACGGGUCUAA